GACACAUGUAUGAGGACUGUUCUGUGUCUACAUAAGCUAAUAUUGUGCCAUUGCUUCGUGUUGCGUCACUGCCUUUGUUCCUAGUUUAACACGACCGCGUGCUUAAGUCUUGUGCUCGUGCCACGGCAGUGAUCGUGCCCUGUCUGGUGUCUUUUAAUCUCAUGUUCUGAACUCACGAUCUACUUUAAGUUGUGCCGUGCACCGUCUUUCUGGAUUAUUGCUUUGUUUUUGCCUUGGCAUUAUUAUUGACCCUUGUGGGCCAGACAACAUGGAAACCGCUCUGAGGCUACAUAUACACAUGUACGUUCUACUGUAGAAACCUUGGUGUUGUCUGUGAUCAAAGUCAUAUCAUAUCACACAGAAAUCUCUAAAACGUCCUACUUCUAAAUAACAUCACUAAACCAGGAGCCUCCUCUGUCAGUGUGAUGCUGGAACAUGACUCCAUCAUUAGUUUCCUCCAGGCUGGACGACUGUAACUGCCUAUUUACAGUUUGUCCAGUGACUCUUUUUAAAUGCUGCAGAGUCUGACUGUACUAAGGAACAGAGAUCACGUUUCUCCUACAUUACCUUCUCUACAAAGCUCCUAAUGAUCAGCCCCAUCUUGUCUUUGAGACCUCAUACACUGUAGCUCCUCAUGCUUCUCUCUGAAUGGUCUACUGGUGGUGUAGAGGUUCUACGUGUAGAAUGAAAAGCAAAGCCUUUAGCUACCAAGCUCCUCUGUGAAACCAGCUUCAGUUCAGCGUCUACUUUAGGAAACGUCCUUUUAGUCAGAGAUCCUUCAGGUAACUGUGAACCAUCUCUUAGUUCAGCUGCUGCUGCGUCCUUCAUGCACUGAGCUGCUCUAGUUUGUGUUUUAGAAAGAAUAGCACAGAAAUGAUGACAUUUGCUUCUUUUUUAUAAUGAAGUUUUACGCAAAACUAAGAUUGAGGAAAUGCCAGUUUCUCGUAUUAUUGGUUUAGAGCCUUUAGUGUUUGAGCUGCUUUCCUGUUUUUGAAAAGCCGCCCACUAUCAACGUAACAGUAACUUCCCUCUUGCUUCAAAACGAAAGCAUCAUUUUAACAACUUAGUAUUUGGCUACUGAGCUGCUGUCAUAAGAAGUUCUCACCAUGAAGCUCUAUCAUGUCAGCGCAGCAUGUCACAGAUUAACUUGUUUGGAUGCUCUGUGCAUCCAAACUCAACUUGUGAGGUUGCAGUGAAGGGAUGCAAACAUUCACAGAGUGUCUCCUACGUUCAUCUGGCAGCCUCUGUAAGUGUCCUUCUUAGUUUAGGGGGAGGGGUGAUAAUGGGCACACAUGAAACCUGGAAGUGAAAGUUUGAAAAGAGUCUCUUUCACAGUCAGGGAUGGAGAAGUUUAACACAGCUCUGAACAUUGCCAAGAAGCAGCCGAACCUUGGUGUGGGCCUGGUUGCGUUGCUUACAGCAGGAGGGGAGCAGAUCUUUUCCUCGGUGGUGUUCAGGUGCCCCUGCAGCGAGCUGAACUUCCUGUAUGGCCUGGUGUUUCUGCUGGUGCCUGCUCUGGCUCUGUUGCUGCUGGGCUACAUUCUGAAUAAGAGGACGUGGAAACUGUUGACGGGGGUUUGCAGCCGCGGGGCCAAGUGCACAUGGAGAAAGCUGGUGGCCGCUGUCUUGGUGCUGCUCCAGAUCAGCUGUACUGCGCUGGUGGCUCCUAGCAGUUGGAUAGCUGUAGCCCUGCUGAGCGGUAACUACUAUGAGUGUGCAAUGACGGGGACCAACGUGAGUACUUUCAACAAGCAUCUGUGUGAGAAUAAGAUGCCCCAGUGUGAGAAGCAGCUGCUGAGCCUGCCCUGUGGGAGAGGCAGCCUCGUACCGCAGGCGGACAGGGAAGACAUUCUGCUCCUGCUGAGAGCUCAGUCACAGAUCCUGGGGUGGCUGCUCAUUGCCUCCAUCAUGUUGUCCAAUCUGCUGCUGACCUGUGUGGCUCGGUGCACGUCCCCAAUCAGUUACCUGCAGCUUAAGUUCUGGAAGGCAUACGUUCAGGAGGAGAGCGACCAGAUGGACUCAUACACCACUAAACAUGCCAAAGAUCUGGCAGAGAGAAACCUGUCAAGUUUCUUUAAGCAGAUGGCACCUGCCAACGUCACCACCCCUUCCAACAAGGACUGGGAGAAGAUCUCUGCCCUCUAUAAGUUUAGUACCAAAGACCAGUACUAUAGCACCUUACACCAGUAUGUGGAGCACCACCACAUGCCUGACGGUGGCCUGAUGAGGAUGGUCUCGGUCAAGUCAGUGGAAAGCAAUGACAACAACCCUGCUGUUCUUACCUUUGUGGACGAAGGCGCUGCCGCACUGUAACCAAUGUUAAAUUACCUCCCCAAAGGCCAAAUUUCAGCUUGUUUGAAUGUAGGUGAAAGUUUUUAAAUAAAUAUAUUAAACACAU